AUGUACAUGCGCAAGAUUGAAAAUAAUAUUUCUAUAGAUCCUAAGUCAUUUUGGAUGUUUCUUCAUAACAAAAAAGGUAGCACACGUAUUCCUGGCUUAAUGCGCUAUGAUGACAGAGAACUAUCAUGUCCACAAGCUAUAUUUAACGCUUUUGCUCGUCAUUUUAGCAAUGUUUAUAUAGAGUCCGAUUGUUUAGCUCCUUUUUGCGCUACGAAUGAAACAGCAGCUCAGCUUUCAGUUGCUAUUACUUCACUGCUUGAAAAAGAUAUUCUUUUGGCCUUAAAAAACUGUAAGAACACAUUUACAUCCGGUCCUGAUGGCAUUACUAGCUUUCAACUCAAAGACUGUGCAUAUAUCUUUGUGAUUUCCUUGCUUAGAAUAUUUAGUCUUAUUCUCAAAGAUUGUCAGAGGUCGACUGUGACGAUUCUGGCUUGCUUUUCCCAACACGUAUCUCAUUUAAUUGAUAGUAGAAGUCAAGUGGACGCGAUGUAUAUGGACUUUUCUAAGGCCUUCGACCAGAUCGAUUACUUUAUUCUCCUAGAUAAACUGCGCCAAUUUGGCUUCUCGAAGUCAUUACUUAAACUAUUCAAGUCGUACCUUAUUGGUAAAGUGCAGUCAGAACGAUAUCGUAACUUCUAUUCAGAAAUAUAUUCACCGAUAUCUGGAGUUCCUCAGGGAUCUAAUUUGGGACCACUUUUGUUCUUAUUGUUUAUUAACGACAUUGUUGAACAUAUAUCUACUGCACUACUUCAUAAUUAUUGUUAUUUUCCUUGUGACUGGGUGUAUUAUUACCUGUUGGGAAUAAAUGUCGCUCUCCUAGCCCCCGUCAUCUCUGGAAGCGGCAGCCAAGAAUUCGCGUUGCCGCAGAAAAAACUGAGCGCCGUACACAGUGGUCGUUUCGGGCAAUUCAUAACGGUGUAG